CACACACACGCACAACACGUGAGACGGGCUGGAAUCUCGCACACGCGGACGCGCAGCAGCAGCAGAACAGGAAGGAACCGGCGGGAGCGCGCACCGGUCUGUCAGGCGCGGAACCCGGAAGCAGGAGCUGAAGUCUGCAAUCAUCAGUCACAGAAAACACAUCAGUAUUGUGCAGACAUUUUAAAGAAGAGCCUGUAACCAAGAUGAUGAUGUAACACCAAGAAGUGCACAUGUCAAACUUUCUGGCCUCCUUUGGAGUUGAAUGGAAGCAUCCAGAGAACUGCGCCGCUGCAGGAUGGCCGAGGGGUGCAUGAUGGGCCUGCGCUACGGGAUGGUCUUCUUCAACCUCCUCUUCUGGCUGGGAGGAUGUGGGAUACUCGGGGUGGGCGUCUGGCUGGCGGUGACCCAAGGAAACUUCGCCACCCUGUCAUCGUCGCUUCCCUCCCUUUCGGCGGCCAACCUGCUCAUCGCGGUGGGGACGAUCAUCAUGGUGAUUGGCUGUCUGGGCUGCGUGGGAGCCGUCAAAGAGAGCCGCCCCCUGCUGCUGACUUUCUUCAUCCUCCUCCUCCUCAUCUUCUUCCUGGAGAUUCUGUCCAUCAUGCUGUUCUUCAUCUACCAAGACGAGAUUGAUUAUUACGCCCAGAGGGACCUGAAGAGAGGACUGCAGCUCUUCGGCACAGAAGGCAACGUGGGUUUGACCAACGCCUGGAUGAUCGUACAAACCGAUUUUCGCUGCUGCGGCGUCACCAACCACACAGACUGGUUCGAGGUCUACAACGCCACCCGCGUGCCGGACUCCUGCUGCCUGGAGUACAGCGACAACUGCGGCCUGGACAACCCGGGGACGUGGUGGACAGCGCCGUGCUAUGAGCGGGUGAAGGACUGGCUCAAUGAAAAUCUGGUGGCGCUCUGGAUCUUUGCUCUGUGCACGGCACUUACCCAGAUCCUCGGCCUGGUGUUCUCCAUGACGAUGUUCUGCCAGGCCGUCAAAGUGGAGACCUUCUACGCCUAGCGCCGCGCCGGGCCGGCCGCCGCCAGCACGCCACAACGUCCCUCAUCAGAGAGAGGGACAGAUACAGACAGACAGGCUCUUCUCUUCAGCCCUCGUCCUUUCCCGUGACAUUCCCGUCCGGUGCCCGCCGCCGCCGGCCCCACGUCACCUCAGUAUCCUGCUAACUACCAACAAGCACAUCGCCGAGUGUACUACCCAAAUCGUUUUCUAUGGUUUGCUCUGUGUCAAAUGCUCAUUUCUGUGAUAAACAUGCAGUAUUAUGAACAUAUAUGAAAAAUGUAACCCCCCCCCCCCUUCUCCUGCCUUUUUUUUAAUAUCUAUGUUUUGUUUUAAAUUAUUUUCUGGUUUGUAAACGUGUUUUCAAACGAGAGCUGUGUGGAUCGCUGAUGAAGCAGCUGGGAGGAGCACUGGAGAAGAAGCUGCAAGUGCAUGGCUGUGAUGAU